AUGGAUUUGAAGGAUUUUAGGCCAAUAUUCUUGCUAGGAUGCUUAUAUAAAUUACUAGCCAAGGUUUUAGCACGAAGGCUAGCAAGAGUCAUGAAUUCUAUUUUUUCCCCGGCACAAUCGGCUUUCCUUAAAGGUAGCCAUUUGGUGGACAGGGUGUUGGCGAUUAAUGAGUUGGUGGACUAUGCGAAGAAAGCGAAGAAAGCGAAGAAAGAGUGUCUUAUUUUUAACGUAGAUUUUGAGAAGGCAUAUGACUCGGUAGAUUGGGGCUUUUUGGAGUAUAUGAUGAGAAGGGUCGGAAUGUGUGAGAAGUGGGUGAAUUGGAUGAAGGCGUGUGUUUUUGGAGGUACAAUGUUCGUCCUUGUUAACGGUUGCCCAACGGAGGAAAUUUGUAAUCAACGGGGCCUUAAGCAAGGAGAUCCGUUAGCGCCGUUCUUAUUUUUGUUGGCAGCGGAAGGAUUUAGCGGUUUAAUGAGGAAUGCGGUUGACCGUAAUUUUUUUGAGGGUUUCACUCUUGGAAGUGGCGGCCUAGUGGUGUCUCACCUACAAUAUGCCGAUGACACUCUUUGUAUAGGGAAACCAACGGUGGAAAAUCUUUGGGCUAUGAAAGCUCUCCUUAGAGGCUUAGAGAUGGUGUCGGGCCUUAAGAUUAAUUUCUUUAAAAGCUCGUUGAUAGGGAUUAAUGUCGCAAGUGACUUCAUGGAUUUGGCAUGUAAUUUUUUGAAUUGUAAUGAGGUGAGUAUUCCUUUCAAGUAUUUGGGCCUUCCGGUAGGAGCUAAUCCUAGAACUUCCGGUUCAAGUGUGGAAAAGGAUUAUGCGGAUUCCAAGAGAAUUCUUAUGGGGGGUGUGGGAGGGGGAAAUAAGAUUUUUUGGGUGAAAUGGGAAACGUGGCGUUGGAGAUUGAUAGAUGGGGAAGUGGCCUUAUGGAAGGAUGUGUUGAUGCCUAAAUAUGGCGCUAGUGUGGGGGGAGGGUUGAUGGGUGUGUCUGGGGGGGAGCCGAGAUGGGCUUCUAUUUGGUGGAAGGAACUAACUAAGCUUGGUGAUUUUGGGGAGCUUAAUUGGUUUAAUUCGGGGUUGGAGCGACAAGUUGGUAAUGGACUCAACUCUAGUUUUUGGUGUGACAAUUGGAGAGGAGAUAGAAGCUUUAGGAGUUUGUAUAUGAGGCUUUAUUCUAUCUCGGAUCAAAAGGAGGCUAAGGUGGGAGAGGUGGGUUUGGUGUCGGAGUUUGGCACGGAGUGGAACUUUAUUUGGAGGAGACAUCUUUUCAUGUGGGAAGAGGAGGUGCUUUUAAGCCUCAAGGAGGAUUUGGUUGGAGUAAGGUUGUCUAAUCUAGAGGACAAAUGGAGGUGGAAGUUGGAAGAUUCCGGAAUUUUUUCGGUGAGCUCGGCCUAUAAGAGGUUGGAAGGUAGUAUCCUUAAUGAGGUGGGAUGGAGGGUUGAGGAGAAAGGAGUUUUCAAGAGGUUGUGGAAGUGUCCGUCGUUUUCAAAGGUAGUGGCUUUUGCUUGGAGAGCCAUUCUUAACCGAGUUCCAACCAAGGCCAACCUCAUAUUGAGAGAUGUUCUAAGGCCGGAGGUGAACCCUUUGUGUGGGUUGUGUAAUAGGGAAGAAGAGUAUGUGCUUCAUCUAUCUGUUCAUUGUGAUGUUGCUAGUGAGGUUUGGCUUAAGUUGAUGAGCAGGCCUUUUUUGAGAGUUUUUGUCUCUGUGGGUGGUGAGCAGAUUUUUACUGCUAUGGAAUGCACAGCUGCUGCCUGA